AUGCCUCUUUCCAUCUGUAAUGAAAAAUGUCCUUCUGGCUCCAGCAAGGUAAAAAUUGAAGGGAGAUUAUCCUGCUGUUAUGACUGUAGACGGUGUCCAGAUGGGAAGAUAGCUGACCAAAUGGACUUAGAUGACUGUUUCCCAUGUCCAGAGGAUCAAUAUCCAAACAAGGGUCAAGAUAAUUGCCUUCAAAAAACUGUCACUUAUUUAACUUUCCAAGAGCUGUUGGGUAUUUCUUUGGUAAUGAUUGCAGUCUCCUUUUCUGUCGUCUCAGCUGCGGUCCUGGGAAUCUUCAUUAAACACCAGGACACUCCCAUUGUCAAAGCCAACAACAGGAACCUCACCUACACACUUCUCAUUGCUCUCCUGUUCUCCUUCCUUUGCACUCUUCUCUUUAUUGGGCAACCUGAUCGAGUAAAAUGUCUCUUGAGACAAACUACGUUUUGCAUCACUUUCUCAAUAGCUCUUUCUUGUAUUUUGGGUAAAACAACCAUAGUAGUUCUUGCUUUCAUGGCCACAAAGCCAGGCUCUAAAAUGAGGAAGUGGGUGGGGAGAAGGAUGGCCAACACUAUUGUCCUAUCUGUCUUCACAGUUCAGUUCACCAUCUGUGUAUUGUGGUUGGCCAUAUCUCCCCCAUUUCCAGAUUCAGACAUGCACUCCAUGGUUGAAGAAAUUGUCCUGGAAUGUAACGAAGGUUCAACCACAAUGUUUUAUACUGUCCUUGGCUUUAUGGGGCUCUUGACCGCUGUCACUUUCACAGUGGCCUUCUUGGCUAGGAAUUUACCUGACAGCUUCAACGAAGCCAAAUUCAUCACCUUCAGCAUGUUGGUCUUUUGCAGUGUCUGGGUGUCAUUUGUUCCCACCUAUUUGAGCACCAAGGGAAAAUAUGUGGUUGCUGUGGAGAUCUUCUCCAUUUUGGCUUCAGCAGCUGGAUUGCUGGGCUGCAUUUUUUCUCCCAAGUGCUAUAUCAUUAUUCUGAGACCUGAUUUGAAUAAGAAGGAGCAAUUAAUAAAAAAAUAA